UGGGUGUGUGUGUGUGUGCGCGAGUGUGUGCGCGCUUAUGCGCGCGCCUGGGCUUCUUCCUAGCUAUUCUCUUUGCCAAGCAUUUCGAACAGGGAGCAGAUGAUCUGCCCAAACCCAGCAGGUGCCUGCCAGCAGAGGCAUUGCCAGUUGCAAGAGGGUUUGCCUAAAAGAGCCUUCAAAUUAUCACCAAGUUGUCAGGUUGUCUCUUAAGAAACCAUGAUCUCUCUUGCCUGGGUCUUUGUUUUUGUCCUGUCCUGGGGCAGUUUUGCUUUCCUUUUCCUUUCCAGUGGACCCCGACCCCGAACCCCUUUUCAGGGGCCCAAUUAGGGGAAGAACUGCUGGAAAUGGCUUAUUCUCUACCACACAGGGUUGGGGAAAGUGGCAGGAGGAGGAGACCUCUUUCCCUACCCCCAGACCCAGCAUAUACAUACCUUCCUGGCUUAAGUUUCCAGUUCUGGCAGCAUACCAGGCACAGCUGUCAAAGGAACUCUUCAUGACUGUGGGGCCCUGGGUGACCCCAGGGACAGCGGCUCAGCUUGACAAGAACUCCCUGUGAGGGGAUAAUCAACUAUGAUAUCAGAGGCAGCAGGCUGUGCCGGGGGGGCAUGUUGCUGUGACCAGUGGCCCAGGGGAUGUUACGGUGGACAGUGCAUCUGGAGGGAGGGCCACGCAGGGUGAACCAUGCUGCAGUGGCUGUCGGGCACCGAGUAUACUCCUUUGGGGGUUACUGCUCUGGUGAAGACUAUGAGACACUGCGACAGAUAGAUGUGCACAUUUUCAAUGCAGUGUCCUUGCGUUGGAUGAAGCUGCCCCCCGUGAGGCCAGCCAUCCGCGGGCAGGCUCCUGUGGUUCCCUACAUGCGCUAUGGACACUCAACUGUCCUCAUCGACGACACGGUCUUCCUUUGGGGUGGGCGGAAUGACACCGAAGGAGCCUGCAAUGUGCUCUACGCAUUUGAUGUCAAUACCCACAAAUGGUCCACACCCCGAGUGUUGGGAGCAAUUCCCGGGGCCCGGGAUGGGCAUUCUGCUUGUGUCCUCGGCAAGAUUAUGUACAUUUUUGGGGGCUAUGAGCAGCUGGCGGAUUGCUUUUCCAAUGACAUUCACAAGCUGGAUACGAGCAACAUGACGUGGACUCUCAUUUGUACAAAGGGCAACCCUGCACGCUGGAGGGACUUCCACUCUGCCACAAUGCUGGGCAAUCACAUGUAUGUGUUUGGGGGCCGUGCUGACCGCUUCGGGCCAUUCCACUCCAACAACGAGAUUUACUGCAAUCGCAUUCGUGUCUUUGACACCAGAACCGAAGCCUGGCUGGACUGUCCUAACACGCCAGUGCUGCCUGAGGGGCGCCGGAGCCACUCAGCUUUUGGCUACAACGGGGAGCUGUACAUCUUUGGUGGCUAUAAUGCAAGGCUGAACCGGCACUUCCAUGACCUCUGGAAGUUUAAUCCUGUGUCUUUUACCUGGAAAAAGGUUGAACCGAAGGGGAAGGGGCCAUGUCCCCGCCGGCGCCAGUGCUGCUGUAUUGUUGGUGAUAAGAUUGUUCUUUUUGGGGGUACAAGCCCAUCUCCCGAGGAGGGCCUAGGAGAUGAAUUUGACCUCAUAGAUCAUUCUGAUUUACACAUUUUGGAUUUUAGCCCUAGUCUGAAGACUCUGUGUAAACUGGCGGUGAUUCAGUAUAACCUGGACCAGUCCUGUUUGCCCCACGACAUCAGGUGGGAGCUGAAUGCCAUGACUACCAACAGCAAUAUCAGUCGCCCGAUCGUCUCCUCCCACGGUUAGGAGGAGUCUGCCGCCUCCCUCCUGCGUCUGCUGUAGUCUUCAGUGCCCCUGCUACCUCUCACCUGCCUGCCCCCUUUGGACCCGGACUGUUACCUCCACGUGGAGUUGUUGGACUAGAGGAGUUUCCGUGCUGUGAAUUCAGUGGGGAGCUGGCGGGAGCGAGGGCCAGGUCCCUCUCCCGUCGGGCCGAGGGCCCCUUCCCCUUGGUGCUCUGUACCCAUCCACCUCCCUCCAGCUGCUCCUGAGCCUCUGCUCUGCCCACCCGGCCGGCCAGUAACCGGGCUCUGCUGGGAAGGGAGGCGAGUGGGGAGAAGCGGAAAACGCGCAGUGUCCGAGCCUCAGGAGCCUCCCUCCCCCCGUGCCGUCGCCCCUGCUUGAGCUGCAGCUGUCGGCGAGCGCCCUCCUCUCCCCAGCCGGGGAGACGGGGCUCAGCCGAUCACCCCACCCCUCCCUGAGCUGCUGCUGCACCCCAGAGCUCAGCCAGCUCGUUUUAUAAAAAUGAAAACCUGCUGCGUGUGGCGUGUUCUUGUGGAGUAGCGUGGGGAGAGGGAGGAGUUUGCAGUGGGGCCGGGGACUCAGGGCGUGCGCCCCGAGGUGCCAGCUUCCGGGCAGGA